AUGUUGAAACGAGGUUUAGUGAAUUAUAUUGCAACUGCCUUGCUAUGUAUUGCCGGAUUUGCCGCGUCAAUCUCUGUGUCUACAGAUACAAUUUUGGCGGGUUCCGUCGCUGGCACCGAGGAUGUCGAUGUCAACUCUGGCGCCUACUUGGCCAUGAUACAUGGCGCUACACAGAACUUUGGCGGUAAUGUUAACGUCGAUGGUGCUCUAUACAUUGGUAACGCUGACUCCUCGGAUGGGAAGCUAACUACAGAUUUCACUGGAGGUUCGUUGGUCAACACUGGCCACAUUGUCGUCGACAACCGUAAUUCCUCUGCCGCUUUGAGUAUGACGUGGGGUGGCACGACCAUCGAAAAUUCAGGUGAGAUAUACUUCAACGGUGCCAACGUGAACAACAACGGGUUUACAUUGCAACCCAGUACCACCUUGAACAACAAGGGACUGAUUUACUUUGGCCAAGAUGAAAGUUCUGGCUAUUCAAGCGCGGUGAACAUCAAGGGAAAGACGAUUACAAACGAUGGGACCAUCUGCUUGAAAAACGUCAAGGCAUACCUAGACGCUUCGAUCGGCGGUUCAGGGUGUAUCACCAUUGGGGAUAACACUGUGUACGCUAUCCAAUCUACAAACAUGGGUACAUUAGGUCCUCAAACGCUCUACAUGUCUUCCUCCUCGUCCAUCAUCUACGUGGACACGAAGGGGAAAACUGAUAAUAUCAAGGUUGCUGGUUUUGGUAACGGGAAUUUUCUGAGUUUUGGUACUUCAAUUGUUAGUCACUCCUACGAUACUAAAACUGGUGUCCUGUCAUUCAGUAUCUUUAUUUUCAUUUCGCAUAAGUUCAACAUUGGUACAGGAUAUACCAACUCGUUGUUCAAGCAAAAACAAAUCUCCAAUCAUAUUGGGCUUGAUUUGGCAAACAAUGCUUUGUACUAUAAUGCACCUCCUCCAGAUGCAUCUCUUCCAAGCGCGUGUAUGCCAUGUGACAAAAGUCCUUGGAUUCCUCCUGCAUACACUCAAUUGCCAGAAACAACAACCACUGUGGCGGCUGGGGUGGAUAGCACUGCAACAGAGCUGCUUUCGUUUUACCCUACCACUGACAGAUAUGGGAGCGUAGCAACAUUGACCUCUGUGACCACCAUUCCAUUCACUAUACCUUCUGAAUAUAGCACCACUGCGACCGACGAAGCAGGAAGCUCCGCCACAGAAGUGGUUUCGUACUUCACGAAGACGGGAGCUGACAAGGGACUGGAGACUGGUACGACCACGAUCACGAUUCCAUUCACGGUUCCAUCUGCGUACACCACGACUGCUGCUAACGGGGAUGACAGCUCCGUGACUGAGAUCGUCUCGUACUUCACGAAGAUCGGGUCUGCUGGCGACCUGGAGACCGGGACGACCACAACUACUGUUCCCUUCACAAUUCCAUCUGCGUACACCACGACAGCUGCUAACGGGAAUGACAGCUCUGCUACUGAGAUCAUCUCGUACUUCACGAAGACCGGGUCUGCUGGCGACCUGGAGACCGGGACGACCACAACUACUGUUCCCUUCACGCUGCCUUCGGCGUACACCACAACAGCUGCAAACGGCACGAGCAGAUCCGUCACCGAGAUCAUUUCGUACUUCACGAAAACCGGGUCUGCUGGCGACCUGGAAACCGGGACGACCACGACGACUGUUCCGUUCACGUUGCCUUCGGCGUACACCAUAACAGCUGCAAACGGCACGAGCAGAUCCGUCACCGAGAUCAUUUCGUACUUCACGAAAACCGGGUCUGCUGGCGACCUGGAAACCGGGACGACCACGACGACUGUUCCGUUCACGUUGCCUUCGGCGUACACCAUAACAGGACUUGAUGCCAUGGAGCGUUCGAGGACGGAAUUUGUGUCGUUUUUCACCAAGACUGGUUCUGCAGGUGAUUUGGAAACGGGGACGACCACUUUGGUCAUUAUCGCUUCUUCUUCGGUUACCCCUUCCUCUGUUGCCUCCUCUGAGUCCACGAGCUCCGAACUUGCAUCUGUUUCAUCGACAGCUUCUUACGCGACUACUGUUGCAUCGAGUGUCAGCAUUGCUCCAUCGAGCUCGGCUGUUCCUUGGACGACGUUAUUCUUUUAUGAUCCGCGGGUUCAGGCUGUUGAGUUGUCCGUGUAUGCGAACGAUAUUGCCCACCAUCAGAGCGAAUACGACUCGUACAACGAGCUCCGCACGAGCAUGAGAUACCCACAGGCUGUUGCCUCUGCUGCUUCGGAUAUUGCCGCUACCAGAUCUGAGCCUAAUUGGUCCAACAUUGUCACGAUGGUGGAUACCGUUUCUGUCUGUGGGUUGAUAAGUGGUGUUCCGUGGUAUUCCACGAGAUUGCAGCAAUCCUUGGAUGCUGCCUUCAGAGCCAGACAUAUUGUUGUUGUCUACCCAUCCAACGUUGCAUCGCGCCCAGUAUCGUCUACCGCCUCGCCAUUGACGAGUUCUGUUGCCUCGUCUAGAAAGACCACCUCCCGUACGAGCCUUGUUUCGAGCGUCACCUCAACUGCGAACUGGCCAUCUACUGUAUCUGGGAAAUCAUCUAGCUUAUUUUCCGGUUCUGAAUUACGCAUCUCAUCACUACCAUUGGAAGGAUCAUCGAAAUCUUUAAAACAUCGUGCAACUACAGCUUCUUUGGACUCAACCCUGCAUUCAUCAGCUUCAUCAUACUUUUCUAGCAAGAUAAAGUCAAGUAAGGUCCUUUCAUCAUCGAGACAAACUGUCUCUUCAUCAGAGAACUUGACUACCUUCCAUGAAAGUUCAAACGUUUAUCAGGUCCCAGUUUCUACCUCUACCAUACCUUUAUUGAUUUCUAGAUCAACUAGCAACUCAAUCACAUCUGAUAUGAGUCGUUCAUUGUCAAGCGUUGAAUUAAACUCAAUUGCUAGCUCCACGGCCAUUUUAACUACGGAAAGAAAAGCUGAGGGAAAGAGCUCGACCCAAUCAACCAUGAACGUAAAGUCUGUUUCUACCGUCAGUACAUUCAGUAGCAAGGCUUCAGAAACAAGUACUCGUAAACCUCGGGGUCAAUGGAACUCUUCAAUUUCAACUGCGACAGCACAUUUCAAAACAACUACUACACUAACCUCCAUACACAAUGAAGAUACACAAACACGUUUUCUAACUAAAACUAGCCGUUUAAGGUCAGGUGAAGUUCCUGGAGCUCAUUUUUCCAAAACUCGGUCCACUAAAUAUGGGUAUGAUGAGGGAAGGCAUGUGACCGCAACUUCAUCAGUUCUCGUCGGUUCCUUACAUACUUCAAUUGCUGUUGGAGUAUCAAACAGUGAUCGAUCGACAAGAACUCUUCAAAAUACUCUUGAUGUUACUCAUACGAAUACCCACCUAUACCAUGUUUCCACAACGGAAAGCCCGGUUGAAUUGCCAUCCUCCAGAGUUAAAUCCAGUACCGGAAUACGUCCUAGGACAACAACACUCCCAUUGGUGUCAGUAAUUACAAGUCCUUCUCCACCUCUAAUUAUUGAAACGCAAUCGAAUAUUGCCUCCAACUUUCAGAAGAGACCUGAUGUUUUCUCUCUGACCAUGUCUACGCUCAUAUUGCUUUUAGUAUUGUUCUGA